AUGAAUGUCAACUCAUUAUGUUAUAGUUUGUUCGUCGAUAUCAAUGAUACUCUAUAUUGUUCAACAUUUAGUCAACAUCGAGUCCUGAAAAGAUCAUUACAUGAUUCUGCGAUAGCUUCAAAUUGUGUUGCUGCUGGAACAGGUAUUCAAGGAUCAGCCUCGAAUCAACUCGGCGGUCCUGGAGGAAUCUUUGUUGAUGUAAAUUUCGAUUUAUAUGUAGCAGAUUGUCUAAAUGAUCGAGUUCAGUUGUUCCAGUUAGGAGAAUCAAAUGGUAUUAUAGUGGCUGGAAGUACAUCACUAAAUCCAACAAUCACACUUAGCUUUCCAACUGCAAUUAUAUUAGAUGCUGAGAAAUAUUUAUUCAUUGUGGAUUAUCAAAACAAUCGUAUUGUUGGUUCAGGCUUGAAUGGUUUUCGAUGUUUAGUUGGAUGUUAUGGAAUGGGUUUACAAUCCAAUCAGUUGAAUACUCCAUUUAGUUUUAGUUUUGAUCAUUCUGGAAACAUAUUUGUCAUUGAUCAAUCAAAUCAUCGAAUUCAAAAAUUUUUAUUGAUGAACGAUUCUUUUGCUCUUUCAUUCAAUCAGCCAAAGUUUUGUCCAACAGCCACUUGGAAUCCCAAUGCAAUUACCAUUGCUAAUCGAUCAAUUGUUGGUGAAUAUUCUCACGCCAUUUUUGUGAGCACAAACAACACAAUAUAUGUCGCUAAUCGAGCAAAUAACACAAUUCUAAUAUGGCAUGAAGAGAGUGUCAAUCCAACAGGCAUCAUUCGUGCUAAUUUUACAGGACCCUCUUCUCUGUUCGUGACAUCGAAUGGUGAUAUUUAUAUUGAUGAUGGUCUUGAGAAUGGACGAGUGCAGAAAUGGAUAGCAGGAGCAAAUAACUUUUCCACGGUGAUGAAUGUCAACUCAUCGUGUCAUGGUCUGUUUGUCGAUAUCAAUGAUACUCUUUACUGUUCAAUGGGUGAUAAUCAUCAAGUACUGAAAAGAUCAUUAAAUGAUGCUGUAAUGACUCCAAAUCGUGUUGCUGCUGGAACAGGUAUUGAAGGAUCAGCCUCAAAUCAACUGAGCGAUCCUGGUGGAAUCUUUGCCGAUGUAAAUUUCGAUUUAUAUGUAGCAGAUUGCAACAAUGAUCGAGUUCAAUUGUUUCAGUCAGGAGAAUCAUAUGGCAUCACAGUAGCUGGAAGUACAUCACUAAAUCCAACAAUCACACUUAAUUUUCCAAUUGGAAUUAUAUUAGAUGCUGACAAAUAUUUAUUCAUUGUGGAUCAAUACAAUAAUCGCAUUGUUGGUUCAGGCUCGAAUGGUUUUCGAUGUUUAGUUGGAUGUUAUGGAAUGGGUUUACAAUCCAAUCAGUUGUAUGGUCCAUUUAGUUUUAGUUUUGAUCAUUCCGGAAACAUGUUUGUUGCUGAUUAUGCAAAUCAUCGAAUUCAAAAAUUCAAAUAUUUAAAAAGAUAUUGUGUCAAUACUCCCUUGAUUUUCCAAAAUAUCUAUUCAUCAUCAUUAACUAACAACAAUCAAAAUUAUUAUCGAGAUUGUCAGAAAGAAAUUUUUUAUUAUGAAUCUGUUCAAGUGAAGGUGAUCGAAACUGGUUACUACACUUUUCGUGGUAAUGGUGACAUCGAUCCGUGUGGAUCCAUUUAUAAAAUUAAAUUUAAUCCACUUGAUCAAUCAGAGAAUUUGCUCGAUAAAGAGUAUAACAGUUGCUCUGAUAUUCAGUUUAAACUUAAUAUCUAUCUUGAUGUUCACACAAUAUAUGUAUUGGUUGUGACAACAUAUGAAUCAAAAGAAACUGGACAAUUUUCGAUUGUUGUAUUUGGUAAAAACAAAGUUAUUCUCGAGCGUCUUAGUACCCCAGUAAAUCUCCAAUAUAUACAUUCAUCACAAUUAACUGAUGAUAGUCCAACAUAUUAUCGAGAUUGUAAAGUACCACAAUGUCAUUAUGAAACUUCACAAAUUCAUGUUAAUACAACGGGUUUGUAUGUUCUUUGGAGUGAAAGUAAUAUUAAUGCAUACGGAUAUAUCUAUCAAAAUGAUUUUAAUCCUCUAAAACCAACUGAAAAUCUACUCCUAUCACAUGAUGGUCCAGAACUAAGUAGUUGUGUUAUCGGUGAUCAAUGUAACUUUUAUAUCAAAGGAAUUGGUUUGACACUUGAUGAUAUUUUACGCGAUGAACUUAAACCAAAUACAGUGUUGAAUAAUCAAUCAUUUUCGAUUAAACUAAGUGCAGGCUUAACAAUUAUUAUGUUUGUUGCAGGAUUAAUCAAUAGUAUUCUUUCUUUCAUUACAUUUCAAAAUAAAGAUUCUCAACAAGUUGGAUGUGGAAUGUAUCUAUUAGUAUCAUCGAUUACUUCUCUUUUCACAAUUACUAUGUUCAUAAUUAAAUUCUGGUUCGUUGUUCUUACUCAUAUCAAUGUGUCCAUUAGUCUCUCUGUUCUUCGUGGAGGUUGUGCAUCUAUUGAACCGAUUCUAAAACUUUUUCUCUACUUGGAUGGUUGGCUUAAUGCUUGUGUCGCAGUUGAACGAGCUGUACUUAUUCUUAAAGGAGUCAAAUUUGAUAAAAAAAAGAGCAAAUCUAUUGCUCGACGAACAAUUCUUAUUUUACCACUCUGUAUUCUUGGGACACUCAUUCAUGAACUCGCAUUUCGCAGAUUGUUCGAGUAUGAAACAGCACCAGAUACGACAGAUACGAGUACGACUAAUGAAGACACAAUCAAACGAUAUGUAUCAUGCAUCACUCAUUAUUCUCCUCCUAUCCAAGAUUAUAAUACAGCCGUUCUAUUUUUUCAUCUUGUUGGUCCAUUUACUGUUAAUCUUUUCUCUGCAUUGUUCAUCAUCUUUGCAGGUGCUCGACAACGAUCAAAGGCACGAACUAACCAAAGUCUUAAAGAGCAUGUUCAACAACAAUUCAAUGAACAUAAACAAUUGAUCAUUAGUCCAAUAGUUUUACUCAUUCUGUCGAUACCUCGUCUCAUCAUUUCAUUACUUCCUGGUUGUGUGAAAACAUCCGAAAACUUGUGGUUGUAUCUUGGACCAUAUUUAAUUUCUUUUACUCCUCCGAUGCUAAUUUUUCUUAUCUUUGUCUUUCCUUCAGAAUUGUAUAUGAAAGCGUUUAAAAAAUUGUUCAUUCGUAUUCGAAGGCGUACUCCUCCCUAA